GAGCUCGACUAGCACCACCAGUACCACGACCACAUCCAGUUCUACAACUACAACAACAACAACAACAACUAGCACCACGAGUUCGACCAGCACCACCAGUACCACGACUACAUCCAGUUCUACAACUACAACAACAACAACUAGCACCAGCACAACUAGCGUCACUACUACUAGCGGCACGAGCUCGACUGGCACGACCAGUACCGCGACUACAUCCAGUUCUACAAGUACCACUACUACAAGCACUCGAACAGGUAAGCAAGACUCAGUGGACGACUUUAGCAACACCUAUCAUCUAUCCGGCUAUUGCGCAUUCGACUGUUGGCCAUUGA